AUGUCUGCUAUGGUUUCUGUUCUCACUCAAGUCAUGGGUACUGCCGACAAUAACCCAACUUCGGUGCAACCAACCCCAUUUGCGCUCGAGCAAUCCGUCGUCAAAGUCGAACCUGACCAGUCUCAACCAGUGCAAGAUCAAGAAAAUACAAGGAAAAGGCAUUACAGAGGAGUGAGACAAAGACCUUGGGGUAAAUGGGCAGCCGAAAUACGUGACCCUAAAAAGGCAGCUCGAGUCUGGCUUGGUACUUUUGACACUGCUGAGGAUGCAGCCGUUGCAUAUGACAAAGCAGCACUUAAAUUCAAAGGCACCAAGGCUAAGCUUAAUUUUCCUGAAAGAGUUCAAGGGAGAACUGAGUUCGGCUACUUCAUGGGUUCUGCGGCCUCAAGCAAUGUUUUGACUGAACAAAAUCCUAGGCCAGUUGCUCCUUCUCCUCCUCCUCCUCCUCCUCCCCCUUCAUCAUUUGCACCAGACACUUACCCAGACUUGAUUCAAUAUGCACAAAUCCUUUCUAGCAAUGAUGCUAAUUUCCCGUACUACACUUCAAACCUCUUUAGUCAACAACCUUUUCCUCCCCAUUUUUCAUCAAGCUUUUUAUCACAGCAACAGCUACAUCAACAACAGCAAGAAUUGAUGGGAUUCUCGCCAAGGUUCGAUAGCUCCUCUAACUCAGAUCAACAGGAACAUGGGAAGGACUCCGGUAAUCCUAGCGAGUAA